AUGCGGCCGCCGCCACGCAGGCCACCGCCGGCGAGCGAGCCACAGGCGCGGCCUCGCUGCCCUGUAGGCCCCGGCGCGGGCGCCGCUGCCACGCAGGCCGCGGGCGCGGGCUAUGCUGCCCUGCAGGCCGCUACGCCCGGCGCGGGUGGAGGAGGUGGAGUGGCAGUGGUGGGAGUGGGAGUGGGAGGAGCGGCGGACCAGGCGGAUGCCGGGCGGGUUAGGGUCAGCGGCGGGCGCGAGCGCCGCUGCCGCGCAGGCUACCGCAGGAGCAAGCCGCAGGCGUGGGCCACGCUGUUGCGCAGGCCGUAG